GUAAGAUACAGUGGGAGAGGCUUCUGGAGACAAAGAGAAUCACUCUGCUUGGGCUUAGCCUCCACCUCAAGUGGAUUGUCUUUAGUGAUUCUUUAGCGCAGUCUCAUAAACUGAAGGUCCGGAGUUCGAUCCCCAAAAGGGGGAUGUGGUACAAUGGGGAAGCUUCUAAGGCAAAAAGAGUCACUUAGCUUAUGCUUAGCUCCACCUAACUGGGAUUGUCAUUUACCUUAGGGUCCAUUAUUCAGUCUGAAACUGCUAGCCUGAGAUUCCCUUCAGGGUGGAUUCUCAUGGGAACAGGGAACAAGGACAAGCUUUGGGAUCUCCAACUUACAAGCUAGUCUUAAAACUUGGGGUUCAUCAGAUUUUACUAGGCUAUAAGUUUGGAGUUUCUAGAUUCCAUGUUGACACACUGAUAGGAACAACUUAAUUUGAGUAGGGAAAAAAUACUAACUAGGGUGAUCACAAAAGGUUUCUCAAGUACAAAGCACUUGAAUUGAAGCUUGAAGGUUUUUAAGACAAAAAAUUGAAGAAGGACAAUCCAGGAAGAGGUGGGGAGGGAGACACCUGUGUAAAGUUGUGAAGUCAGGAGAUGAAUUGUCAAGCUCAGAGGAUAGCCAGGAGAAUAAUUCGAGUGAAUAAUAAGAGUGCAUGAAGUGGAGUAAUGUGAAAGAAGUCUGAAGAGCUGGGCUCAAGCCAAACUGUUAAAGGCUUUAAAUGCUAGCUGAGGAGUUUGUAUUUUAUCAUAAAGAUAAUGAGACAACUGCCCUACUUGCCUCUGGAGAGCGGGGAAGUGAUGUAGCCAAUUUGUGCUUUACUAAGAUGAUUUUGGCAGCUGAGGGCCUGGAACCAAGAAGAUCAGUUAGGAGGCUAUUACAAUAGUCUGGGCUCUAGGUAUUGAGAGCCUGAGUAGGCUGUUAGUGGAGAGGAGAAUGGACGCAGUGUUGUGAAGGAAGAAAUGACAAGACUUGAAAUAUCUCAUUUGUCUUUAUAUGACCCUCAGAGAUCAUGCAAGAUCAAGUGCUACCUUGUGUUCUGAUCAGUAAUUUUGGAAAACUGUAUGGUGUGAAUACAGAUCACGUAAAGGAUCUCAAGAAACAUUUUAAUCUCAUCACCAUGCAAGAAUUUCUUCAAGACAAAAUGAAUUUGAGUCAAAAGAUACAAGCUAUAUAUUUAUGGGGAGCGGAACCACAUAUUGACAGGGAGCUGCUGGCAAGCUUGCCUGCCUUAAAGAUUAUUGCAAGUUCAGGAACAGGCCUGGAUCAUCUAGACUUAAACCUGAUUGCCAGCUUUGGUGUGAAGUUGGCCAACACGCCACAAGCUGUUUCUAACAGCACUGCAGAUUUUGGAAUGGCCUUACUUCUGGCAUCAGCUCGGAGAAUAUUAGAAGGAAAUGAGAUAGCUUUGUCACCAGACACCAAGUACUUUUCUAUUAACUGGACGGGACAAGAGGUGACUGGAUGUACUCUGGGAAUCAUCGGUAUGGGCAGCAUUGGUUAUAAGGUUGCUCAGCGAGCCAAAGCAUUUGAUAUGAAGAUUCUGUAUCACAAUAGGAACCGUAGAAAGGUUGAAGAAGAACAGGCAGUUGGGGCUCAUUACUGUGCAAAGUUGGAUGAACUGCUGCAGCUAUCAGACUUUGUAAUGCUGGUACUCAGGCUGACACCCGACACUCAUAAGAUGAUUGGAAAGAGGGAACUAGGAUUAAUGAAGUCUACUGCUAUUCUUAUCAACAUUGGCAGAGGUCAAUUGGUUGAUCAAGAUGCCCUAGUUGAAGCUCUGCAGACUGGGAUUAUUAAAGCUGCAGCACUGGAUGUGACUUACCCGGAACCCCUGCCAAGAUCUCAUCCUUUGUUAAAAUUAAAGAAUGUUAUUUUAACUCCUCACAUUGGAAGUGCAACUUUUCAAAGUCGCCGUGCCAUGAUGGAAGACAUGGUUGAAAGCCUUCUGGCUGCUCUCAAUGGCCUUCCUAUUCCUAAUGAAGUAAAUCUUAAAUGAUAUGUUUGUGUGGAAAAUUGGUGAUGAUGAAAACUUGACAGAUGAAAUGAUAAGGGCUUCUUUUUACUUCAUGUAAACUCAAAAUUUUCAUUUUAUUGUGCUUUAAGAGCUAAGAAAAAAUAAAAUGCCAGUUUAGAAUAUGUAUGCUUUUGUAUUCUCUUUUUCUUUAGAGUUCUUUAUCUUCCAAAAAAUAAACAAUAUAUAAGUGGAAAAAUGGAUUAGAAGGAAAUGCGAAAGCAUUUGUAAGUUCAGGUCUAGCUCAAGACAAAAAUAUAAGAGUAGGCCAGGUUUUUCUAUUUUUCUAUUCCCAUUCUUAAAAUAGAGCUCGUAAUUAAUUAAUAAUUAAUUCCUGGUCUGGAGCAAUUGUGUAAUAAGAAUAGUUAUAAUAAUUAUAUUAACUUAGCAUAACUGACUCCAUUUUAAGUUUCCAUUUUGUAGAUUUUUUUCAAUAGAUUACUUCCCAAAUGAUAAAUACUAUGUAAACUUUUAAAUAUGAAAAAUAACCAAUAAAAAUGAUUUUAAACUAUUUUAUGUUCAUAAAAUAACAUUUCAUUUUCUAACAACUAAAUUAUGUGGUAAGCUUAGUAAUAAAUCACCCAUCAGAAAUUUAGUGUAACCUCCCUCUAUUCCACUUAGUUUAAUUUAAUUAGCACCUCCUACUGUAAGUCAGUGUAAAUUAUCUUAAUAUCAACAUGUCCAAAAACUACUUCUACCUUCUUGGAAAUUAUUUCUAGACUUUUUGGGUUGCAGGCAUGAACUAGGACACAAAAUUAUUCACUAAAUAUUAGAAAUAUUAAAAAUGCUUCAUGCUCUCUCAUAGAAAUAGGGAUACAAAAUCAAGGAACCCAAUAAUAUUAUAUUAUUCCUUUGCUUCAUAAUCAAACUUUUUAGAAGAAAUUUCAGUCUCACUUUUUCUCUCUCACGCACUUAAUGGCCCUAGAAAUUUAAUGCACACAGGUAAAAUGCAUUUCAGAUUUCCAGGUGGCUGAAUAUUUUUCCCAUUUUUUCUAUUUCUAUUUUCGAUUUCUUUUCCCCCUAUUUUCUACUUCCUUUAUUUUAUCUCUUAAAAACCUAUUUUAAUUAAAUGUUAAUUUAAUUAACUCUUUGUCCCCAAAACCCUUUUUUUUCCUUUAAGAGAGAGAAAACACAAUGUUCUGAGGUUGGAAGGAGAGGUUACAGGUUUUUUUAGACUAGACUAAAAGAACUGAACUAUUUAAAGCAGCUUUUGUUUUGUUUAGACCCCUUUGAACUGAUUUUGAUGAAUCUUAGCUGGUUUUGACAUGUUUGAACUGGGUUUUGACUGGUUUCACCUGUAUUAUAAAUUUUAUUCUUUUGGAAUUUGAACACAGGUUGUUUGAUUCUGAAUCCAAUUCUUUUCCUAUUACCACAUAUGCUUCUUUUUAGUCUGAAUUUUAAUUGGCAAAAAUAUUCCAGUUUCUUUUAUUUUUGUUUAUUUCUUUUAUGGGGAUUUUCUCUUUCUUCCAAAUCAUAAUUGGUUAAGAAGUAAGGCUUUAUCUGGUUUCUGAUAUCAAGACCAAAAAUAAAAUCCAAGAAAAAUUUCAUAAAAUAAAUUAGAUAAUUUUAUAAUUUCCAAGAAUGUGAAAAAUGGGGCUCAAUCUGUUAAAAAAACAACAAAAAACCAGUUUAGCCCAUUCAAAACAGUCAAAAUCCAGGUCAGGGCCUAGUUUGAGUUUGAGCUGGCCUCAACCAACAAGAACCAGGUUAGACUGGUUGAAAUUUUUCUAAACUUAUUUGAGCUGGGCAGAAACAGUUCUAACUGGUCUGAAUCAGGCCAAACUUAUUUUAGCCAGUUUUGACUAGUUGUAGCUGGCCAUAGCCAGUUUAGACUGGUCUAAACUGGUUUGAGCCACUGGUGGCUAGCCAGAACCAGUUACUUUUGAGGGUUCUGUACUAUUUUUGAUGGUUCCAACUAGUUAGAACUGAUUUAAAUAGGUUUUAGCUGUUUUGAACCAGUCUGAAACUGGUUUUUACUACUGGUUUAAACUGAUUUGAGAUGGUUCAGACAGAUCAGAACCAUUUUAGACUGGUCUGAAUGAGUUCAGGUCAUUUGGAGCCUUGCCAAACUAACUGGUCUAGACUAGUUCCAACUGGUUUGGACUGGUCAAAACUGGUCUGGGCUUGUUCUUAUAGGUGCUGACCAGUCAAAACCAGCUGUGUGUUUUUUUUUGAGGGGGAGGAUUCCUUUUUAAAGGAAACCAAAAUUUUUGAUAUCUACAGGACUCGGGGCUGGUCUAACCUGAAUGUUGCAGAGUGCUUGUUUUCAAUGUAAUUUUAUGUUGUUUAUAUUUUUAUUUAUAAUUAUAUUUUUGGGUCCUUUUAAAAAAUUAUUUUCUUAAUUGAAAAGAUCCCUGAAAAAGAUCCAGAACCUUCAAGGUUGUUUGGGAGUCCUGUCUCAGCCUUGCAAGAUCUAUUUCUUAUCAAGAUUUUCUAUUAUUUUUAUUAAUAAUUAUUAUUAUAUAUUAUCUAUUAUAUCUAUUUUAUCUCUUGUCAAGUUUAGUUCAAACUACAAAUUUUCUUCUCUUUUUUUCCUUUUUCUUCUCCCACCCACUCUGGAUAAUUUGUGAUUACUGUCAGUAUAUAAAAAUGAAAUGAAUUGUGUCAGCAAAAACUUACUAUAUUUAAGUGCUCUAUAUAAUUGUUAUAUUUGAGUGUGAAAUGUGUCAAUUUGAAAUUAAUCUUUAUGUGGAAGUUAAAAAUUAUUUGAUGCCUAUAUUGGGCAGAGGAGUCCAGACUCUCUUCUUCCAUUAUUAUCAUGUGCUUGUCUAUAUUCCAAGCUACUGACAAACAUCUGAUGUUAGGCAGCAGUUUUUUCUCUUGUUGCCCAAUCUUAGGAAAUAAACCGUUUUCUGCGUACAGUGAUUUGCUCUCUGGUUUUUGGAACAAACAGUUUGCUUUGUUGUUUUCUGGAUAACAAACAUGAAAUAAUUAACAAAAGGAAGACACUAACAUUAACCAGGGUUAGUUAAGAUUUCUUGUAGGUAGUUGCAUCUUAAAGGAAGUCAGGGAGGUUGGAGCAGAGGAGGGAGGGUGUUCGUUCAAGCAUGCAUGGAUGCUCAGCUCAGAGCUGAGAAAUGUAGUAUCUUGUUCAUGGAAUAGCUGGGUGGAAAGGUAGGUUAGAUUUGAAUUCCAAACAGAAUAUUUUGUAUUUGAUCUUGUAAGUGAUAGGGAGUCCCUUAGUAUGCUUUAAGAAAAUCACAAAUGUCUGAGUUGAAGGAUGGAUUGGAAUUGGGAGAGACUUGAAACAGGAAAACCUGGUAGUAAUUUGGGCUUGAAGUAGGCUUAACAAUUGUAUUGCCUACAGUAAAAAGGGAAGGUGGCAGGGGAGGUAGGAAGAUGGUUAGUGAGAAAAUAAGGAAAAGUUUACUGAGUAAACUCCAGUGGGUCCCUUUCACUUCCAAGAUCAAAUAAAAAAUAUUCUGUUAGGAAUUCAAAUUCAAACCUGACCCUGUACAGGCUGAAAAAAAAUCUUCAUUUGAUACUUCCAUCUCUGGUAACUAUUUUCCUUUUACCUUUUCAAGAAGGCUGUCUACAAUAGAGGCCUCUAUUUUGUCUCCUCCCAUUACUUGGUCAGUUUAACCACAGAAAUCAGAGAUAAGAUACCUAUAUGUACAAAUAGGUUUUCUGUAACUGUUUUUAUAGUGUGAAUGAGAAACUAUGAGAUUGUCCAUCACUUGGAGGAUGGAUGAACAAGUUAUGGUAUAUGGUUAUAUGGGAAUAUUAUUGUGCCAUAAGAAGUGACAAGCUGAGUUCAGAAAAACCUGGGAAGAAUUAUGAACUGAUGCAAAGCAAAGUGAGGUGAUCAACUGUGAAGGAGUUGAAGCAAGUUCCCAAGAUAUCCACAAGAGAACCACAACCAACCUUAUCCAAAUAAGGAAAUUUAGUAACAGUUCAACUGAUUAUUGCAUUAAAAGAUAAGAGAGCAUUGAUCUGGAAGUGGAGGUAGCAAAUAACUUUUUAUUCUUCAUCAAUUACCAUUCUAAAUCACCAAAAAGGGAGGAGAAUGUCUAACACAUAUCAGAAAUGCUACUUGUCCUAUUUUUUAAAAAAAGGAAAUACUGGGAAUUCAUCAUACCAUAAUCUCAAUUCCAAACUUGGAUUUGGAAUAAUGUUGUACCCCACUCCCAUCUCUAACCUUAUUGUAGACUUUUUUUUUUUAAAUCAAAUGUUAUCUAUAAAGUCUGGUAUCCAAUAUAUGUAAGACCAAGAGACAUUUUCCAAUGUAUCAAAGUGAACAAACAAUUAAAAAAUUCAAUCCAUUAA